GCGGUUGGUACGCGUGCUCGCCGAACGCUUUUUGUUACAGCCACAACACCUGUCAAAUUUGACGUGCGCGGCCCGUGUGACGCGGUCGUCGGGGUGCGCGGGGGUGACUUGAGGAAAUCGCGCCAUCGCCGCCGUCGUUUUAUUCGAAUAUAUUUAUAGAACGAGUGUCUGGGUAUCUUGGUGUGUGCGCGUGUGAACGAAAUCCGGGCAACCUGGCGGCGUACCUCGAAGGACCCGCGAUUACACCCGUCGGGACCCUGACGUUGCGGGCGGGGCUGCCCCAUGUGCCCAUCGGGCCUAAUUCCAGCUACAUUCAGCACUCAACACACAAUAUAGGGAGGUGCGAACCGGCCGCAGGUAUGCUGAUCGCCUGCGCGGGCUGUGACAAGCCGAUCAUGGAUAAAUUCCUGCUGAACGUCCUAGACAGGACUUGGCACGCAGAUUGCGUCAGGUGUUUCGACUGUCACACGCCUCUCACAGACAAAUGCUUCUCCAGGGAGGGCAAGCUCUUCUGCAGAUCGGAUUUCUUCAGACGGUACGGUACGAAGUGCGGUGGCUGCGGCCAGGGUAUUUCGCCGAGUGACCUGGUGCGCAAGGCUAGAGACAAGGUGUUCCACCUCAACUGCUUCACCUGUCUAGUGUGUAGGAAACAGUUGUCUACGGGGGAGGAGCUCUACGUGUUGGACGAUAACAAAUUCAUCUGCAAGGAUGACUAUCUCAACGGGAACAAAGUGACGGGAAUACCACACCAGCAAGAUUCGUUAAUGGGUUCGGGUUCGGAAGACGAAGAAGACGAUGACAACAGUACCGCCUCGUCGGUGAUGAAGCACCACCCCCUCCACGGUUCCUUGCCCCCCAAUCCGGGCGAGACCAACAACAACUCGCUACCCCAUUCUGACAUUAGCAGCUCGAUAGGACAGGAUCCGAAGGCGGAAAACGAUUCCGAAGACCAAAACUCGUUGGACGGCGACCCAGAAACGAGAGACUCGCAAACGGAAAACAAAAGUCCGGACGACAGCAGCGCGGGCUCGAAACGUCGCGGACCGCGUACCACCAUCAAGGCCAAGCAGUUGGAGAUCCUGAAGACGGCAUUCUCUCAAACGCCGAAACCCACCAGGCACAUACGCGAGCAGCUCGCGAAAGAGACGGGGUUACCGAUGAGGGUUAUACAGGUAUGGUUCCAGAACAAGCGGUCAAAAGAGCGGCGACUGAAACAACUGACGACGAUGGGAAGGGGUCCGUUCUUCGGUGGAUCCCGAAAAAUGAGGGGCUUCCCCAUGAACCUCUCCCCCGGGGGCUUAGAAGACGGUCCCCCUUUUCCCUAUUUCUCCGACGGUAAAUUCGAGUUCGGCUACGGGGGUCCCCCUUUCCACCCGCACGACGGCCCCUUCUUCCCCAGUCACCAUCCGGGAGGAGGUCCAGGUCAGGGCAUACCCUUCGGACAAGGAGGUGGCCCUAUGGACCACGGCGGUCCUUUGUCGAUGGGCGCCGACUUUGGUGGUAUGCCGGGCUCGGAAGGCGGCCAAUUCAUGGGCCAACAACCCGGACCUGAUCAGAUGGUACCAGGGGUACCGGCCAACGGAAGAGGAGGCAGUCCGGAGUUCAUGUCGCCCGGAAAUUUCUCAGACAACCCCCAGCAGCUGAACGAGGGGUUGGUUUGGUAGCUGGCAAAGGCUCUAGCCAAGAGAGCUAGAGAAUAAUAUACAAUGUAGAGACAGCGUGUACAUAAUUCUUCUUCCGUUCUAUCGCCGGCGGGUUUUGGUGUACUGUGAGGGGCGGUUUUGUGAUAUAACAGUGAGGGGUGGGACGCAGCGCACCAAGGCCGGGCGAUUUUCCGUUUCAUAAUAUACAGGGUGACGCGGGCAGCGUUAUUAUUUCGUAUUAUAUGUUCGCUCUUUGGGUUUGUUACAGAAAAAUGUUGUUGGAUGUCGCUUUGGUUUAAGUUUGUGCAAUCUGUGGAUGUUUUUUUGUUGAAGAUCGACUCGUUUCACCGAAGAAACUGUAGAUAGCGUGAGAUCCGUUUUCGCAUUAAGUUGAAAAGAAAAAGUGCCAAGCAAGAAAAAAGCAUUUUAGCCGUUUUUUGUUUUCUAUUUAUAUAUGUCGGUGUAUAAAGUAUAUAGGUUAUUUUUUUUGUGUGUGUAAAUAACGACGAAUCCGCCGCUGGAUUCGGUUUCAGUUUGUAUCAACUUAAUCCGCCGUACAAAACUAAAGAAUGUGUAAAUAGUUUACGAUAUGACGUAACCGCUGUAAAGAAAAUGCGUUCGACAUAUUAGUGUAUAUUGUUACUUACUUUUUAGAU